CAACCGUCGGCCUCUCAAUUCUCAAUCUGCCUUUCUGAAAAUAUCUCUCAAUUCACAAGGACAAAGGAAGGAAAAGGCAAGCCUGAGAGCAGAAAAUAUCUCUCCAUCUGCUUUUCUGAAAUUCGGAUCAAACCAAACCAAACCAAACCCAACCCAGUAUUUCCAAAUUUUCAAUUUUGAUUAAAACAAAAGCAAAUAUCAAACGUGGGGCGAAUUCUGAAUUGUUGUUUAUUGUUCAAAUCUUUUGUUUUGUUUUUGUAUUUCUUUCUUUGGCUUGUACUAGAUCUGCCAGACAGACUAGAGGUGUUCUUUUCCUGAGAAAAACCCUGAAUCCAUUCAAUUUCAAACCCUAAAUCCAUUCACUGAAACAAAAAAUAUAAGAAUUAGUCGUUGAAAUUUGUAAAGGGGUUGUGAUGGCGGCAACUAGUAAUGGGGUGUCGAUUUGGUUCAACAAGAAGGUGGUCGAUCCCCUCCUCGAAAUCCUCCGCAGGGGUGCAGAACCUAAGCUGUUGGCAUUCUCUGCAGCUCUUGGCCUUACCAUUGGAUUGUUUCCAAUAUGCGGGACAACUGUGCUUCUGUGUGGAAUGGUAAUCGCAUUGCUGGGAUCCCAUUGCCAUGCUCCAACUGUCAUGCUGGCUAAUGUCCUUGCUACACCAAUAGAGCUGAGUUUGGUUGUACCUUUCUUGCGCUUUGGUGAAUUUAUCUCUGGUGGAGCUCAUUUUCCUUUAACUUCUGACGCUUUCAAGAAAGUGUUAACUGGCCAAGCUUCAAAUGAGGUCUUAAUAAGUAUUGCGCAUGCGUUGUUGGGAUGGCUUGUUGCGGCUCCCUUAAUUUUUGCAGCUCUGUACAUAGUCUUUUUACCAUGUUUUAAGGUGUUGGUUCCCAAGUUCAGUGCUGCUCCUUUGAGCCCAAAGAAAUCAGUUUCACCCACAGAAGUCAGGCUUAAGGGAAACUGAAGCAUUUCUCUCUAUUGCUCUGCAUCACCGGAUAUAUUGCGGUGCAAGACAUCUCAUUCACGGAAUGGGUAUUAAUGUAUAAUCUCAGAGAGAGGGAGAGGGGGUUUCAGCGUUGGGCGCACAAUAAUGGAAUACGGAUGAAUAUAUAUAUAUAUAUAUAUAUAUAUAUAUAUAUAUUUUUUUUUUUUUGCAAGUAUAAGUUUAGUUGAUUACUUCCGAAGUUCACAAUACUGCCUGUAUUGUAGACUUGUAGCCUGUUCUUUUUUAUUUUUCUUUUUUUACCAACGUUGACAAAUUACUGUGGGGAACAAAUAAGUAAAUACGAGACUGUUUGGCUAUCUACAGUGUUGCUUGCAAGGAGGAGGAGGAGAAGGAGAUGGCAAUGGAUAAGUAGAGGGGGACAUCUGUUUUAUUAUAUUGUUAAACAUGUUAGAUUUUGCUGAAUAAUAUAUGCUGCUUGUGACAUGACCAAA